AUGGUCAAGCAUGGCAAGCAGGGCUUCUCCACUUGCGUGCAGUGUGGCAACUGGGCGUGGAAUUGGAGGCUCAAGAAGCAGAAAGGGGUGUGCGCAGUCUGCAACACCCCUCAGCCAGGGUGGUGUACUACGACGAGCGGCACGUGGUGGGCGCCGUGGUCCUCGGGCGGUGGGUGGCAUGACCACGGGCAGUCUCUGCCGUCUCUUGCCAACCUCGGGGACUACCUGUCGAAGGCUCUCGCUGGUGCAGGUCUCGAUGGGGACCCAGACGCGGCGCGCCUUGCGACGGAGUUCAGCACCCUGGCGUCCCAGAAGCUCGCGGCGGCCCCUGCGCCGCCGCCCAAGCCCCAGCAUGCGCUGCUCAAGGAGGCCACGGCGGACUGCUCUCGCAAGCAGGAGGCUUUGGAGAAGGCCGCGAAGAAGCUGGAGCAGUCCCGCCUCCAGCUUGAGAAGGACCAGGCCAAGUUCGACGAGGCGGCGGACGCUGUCUUGGCCGCCGAUCUGCACCGUCUGGAGGUGCAGGAGGCGGCGAACCCGCCCGAGGCGGCCACCAAGCAGUCGGGCUUCGUCCUGGACCCUGGGCUGUUCGAGUGCCUCGACGAGCUGGAGGAGUCCGACAGGCAGGCGCUUGAGAAUUUCCAGAAGCAGCUGGAGGAGGUCACCCAGCUGGUCGACGCCAAGCAGAAGGAGUUCCAGGACUUGCUGGAGCGCACGAGGUCGGCGCACACGGCGGCGGCGGCCAAGCGGCGCAAGCGCGGCGCCGAUGGCGAGGCCGUUGCUGGCGGCGGCGCCGAAGGCGCGCCCGCGGCUGGCUCUGGCGCCGCUGCGGCGCCUGGCGCCGCUGCUGCCGCUGCUGGGCCCAGCAAGGCGAAGGUCGUGGUGCAGGAGAGCGACCAGAAGGCCAUGCUGGAGCGCAUCAAGAGCAGCGCCCAGGCGCAGGCGCGUGCGGCCGCUGAUGGCAAGGCCGCUGGCGCUGGCAAAGGCGGCAAUGCGGGCGCUGGCAAGGGCGUUGCGGCUGCUGGUGCUGGUGCAGGAGAGAAGGACAUGCCAGACAUCUGCCAGGCGAUUGAUAAAGACGGCUGGCGUAUGGCUUACACGGACGCCCGCCCUUCGGGCAAGUCAGAGGAGCAGAGGCAGAGGCGCACGCAGGCGCUUCCCAUCGAGUUCCAGGAGGGCUUCGACGAGCUGGAGCCGCCAGCGCCUCCGCCAGCGCCCACUGUGUCUUUCGCCAUUCCUGAGGAGACUUGGUUUGAAGCUCAGACACAGGUGUAUUGGGAGGGCCUCCCCCAGCUGUUUGAGGAUCAGCCAGAGGGUGCCCGUGGCAAAGUUGCAGCUUUUGACCGCAGUCAGCACUUUGUCUUUGAAUGGCAACCUGAGGAGCGUGCUCGGCUGGAUGAGUCCUACGGCGCUUGGGUUUCUACAUUGGAGCGUGCCACUUUGAUUCGCGAGCAGGUCGAUGCCAGUACUUGGAUGCAGUUCUCAGGUCGUGCUCGUGGCCCUGCUUGCUAUUGGGCCAAGGUCACUUCCUCCCCUGGGCGCGCUCACAUGAAGAACGAGCAGGCCGAGUGGUGGGGUGUAGUCAGCACUUUGCUUUUUCGGCAUGCGGCUCUCCGUGUGAAUGGGGCUGACCCUGAUCAGGCUGCUUACUGUGCACGUGAAGUACAGGCCAGGAUUGGAGUCUUGCCUGCUGAUAAGACGGUCGAGUACUUCGGCAAGAAGUGCACCGCUGAGGAGAUUGAGUUGUGGAAAGCUAUGGCUGCUGAUUUGGAUCGCGCCCCUGUUGGCCAGCUCACUUCCUUGGUGGACACCGCGCGCAAGUGGGCGGACUUGUCGACUUCACGGGCUUUGUUAGCUUCGCGCUCGUCCUUUGUCAAGUGGGUGAAGGAGUCCUGGUCAUCUAAGCCUGGUGCUGUACAUCGGCAUGUGAAGCAGGCUCCGCCCUUGGAGUGGGAGGGCCGCGACGCGGCAGGUGCUAUCACCACGGACAAGCAGACGAUGCUCCAGACGUCUGCCUCUGAAUGGAAUGCGAUGUGGCGAGACCCUGUCGAUCAGCCUGCAGAUAUUUUGUAUAUGAUGGGCCAGUGUCUGUCAGCUGCUCGAGAUGACCCACUUCCUGCUAUCACCAUCAUGGACGUGGACGCUGUGCUGCCCACGCUGCCAGCGAAGAAGGCGAAGGGCGUGGACGUGCUGAACCCCAUUGAUAUUCAGCGACAGCCAUUGGUGGCAAGGCAGUGUCUUGUGGAUAUUUUGAAUAAUAUCGAGCAGGCUGGCGCCUGGCCGUCGCCCCUCAGCUCGGUCCUGGGUGCUGCGAUUCCCAAGGGAGCUGGAGGCAACAGAGUGUUGGGGCUAGUCCCGACGCCGCACAAAGUAUGGCUUUUGAAGAAGGGCCAGAUGAUAUCGGACGCCGCGGACGCCCUGGUGGUGAAGUGGAAGGAUGUGCGCGGCCCCAUCGCCGCGGUGCAGGCCACGCUCUUGCAGAUUGGCUGGGGUCCGCAAAGUCCUGAUGUCUGGUCGCGUCCUUUGCCAGAUGGUACGACCGAUGAUUGGCUGUUCCCUGCUUUUGGUGAUGAGCAGUUCGCUACAGCUGUUCCUUCGCAUUUUGAGGAUAUGCUCGGCGCAUUCAUGGAUGAUUGUGUUCAGCUGCAGUGGAAGGAAGCGGCCCACCAUGAGGCGGGCGAGGAUCUGGCAGCAGGAGCGGACAUGACGACGGUGCAGAUUGAGCUGAACCGCUUGGCUGCCAAGUCCAAGUUCGACGAGUGGACCGCCGACAUUGCCGUCAUCUCGGGGGGCCAGUGGACUCGUGAGCGGCAGAUGGCCGCAGGAUAUUCCUGCCCGCCGCUGUGCCCCCGAUGUAAGGAGCAGCCUGAGACUUUAGCUCACCGCAUUUGGCUAUGCCCAGCCAAUUGCGGACACGAAGAUUUUUCAACAACGGAUUUUUUGACCCCCCAGGCCCUCGCGGGCCUUGAGGCCCAGCCGGCCUUGUGGCUCAGGGGUGUGCCCUCGAAGGACCUCACGGUGCCUAGGGCGAUGACGCUGGCGCUCGAGGUUGAACCUUGGGAAGGGGUCAGAGCUCCGCCAGCGCCCAAGGUCCGCAAGCCCACUAAAUUCGGCCAGGCGAUCCGCGAUAGUGCGCACAAGUUUCGCCCGUUCGCUGGUCGCUGGCGUUGCGAUGUCUGCAAGGUGAUUGCCCCGAGGAGCCAGGUGCUCGCUGUCGCCUCGACCCCGUGCCGCGAUCCGAUCCCGUCGCUGCCGUCGGAUUCGGCUGAAACGCUGGGUUUGAGCCCUGAGUUUGGAGAGGGUUUCGAGGCGAUCUCGGGAGAGGUGUGGUGUGGCGCUGUGAAGCUUCACCCCAGCCACCGCCUCGCCAGGCCAAUGGAGGAGAGGCCCAUGUUUGAUGAGUAUGUGGCCCGCUCGUCCGAUCGCCCUGUCGGAGAGCUGGCCGACGUGAUGACGGUCUGCGAGGACGCCCCACCCGUGGGCGAGGCCGAGGCCGCCGCGCCCGCGCCCGAGGGCUGCGAGUCCGCGGCCGCCGCCGGGCCCGCGGUGAUGGAGAAGGGCGAGCUGGUGCGGCGGAAGAUGGCUCCUCACGUGCUGAGAGAGCGGCGGAUCCUCAGCGCCGUCGGGCACCCGUUCAUAGUGGAGCUGGUGGCCAGCUUCCAGGACGAGACCCGGCUCUUCAUGCUGAUGGAGCUGGUGAGCGGCGGCGAGCUCAAGACUCGCAUGGAGCAGGCAGGGAAGCUGCCGGACGCCUCCGCGAGGUUCUAUGCCUCCGAGCUCACCCUGGGGCUCGGCUACCUGCACAAGGCAGCAAUCGUGCACCGUGACCUGAAGCCCGAGAACGUGCUGAUAGACGGAUGCGGCCACCUGAAGAUUGCUGACUUUGGCAUGGCCAAGGUGGUCCACCAUCUUACCUGGACUCUGUGUGGAACGCCACACUACCUGGCCCCUGAGUUCAUCACGGGCAGGGGACAUGGCAGGGCAGCAGACUGGUGGGCUCUCGGAGUUCUCACCUACGAGAUGCUGGCAGGCACGCACCCCUUCACUGGCAGAAACGUCCGCCGCCUCUACCGAAAGGUGGUCGAAGAGGCCGUGGCAUUCCCGGGCGAUAUGACGGGAGACGCCCGCAGCCUGAUCGGUGGGCUGCUGACGAAGGAGCAGUCCCACCGCCUCGGAGGCUCGGCCGCGGACGCGGAGGACGUCAUGGGCCACAGCUGGUUCGGCCCCGUGGACUGGGGCAGGCUGCUCCGGAAGCAGUGCGAGCCCCCCUUCGUCCCGAGGGCCAGGCCUCCACGCGGCAUCCGGGCGCUUGCGCGAGGGGGUGUGCCAGAGGAGAGCCCGAGGCGCGGCUGCCCCGCCUCCGAGGAGCAGCAGGCCCUCUUCCGCGACUUCGACUCGCGGGCGGGCGCGGCCCCGCUGAGCCUGCCGCGGCGCCGCGCGCCGCGGUCGUUCUGGGGCCGGGUGUGCGCCAGCAUCGCCCGCCGCGGGGCGUGA